AUGAAUGAGCUGUACGAGUUUACUCCAAACCCACCGUCGAGAGAAGCCCUCCUGGCAGAGUUGGACGAGGCGGUCGGCUUGAGCCCGAAGUACUUGUCGGCGCCUAAGCAGGGGGAUAGGAGGUCGAUCGACUACUGUACCCUGCUCUACCUAGAGGUAGCUAUACAGCUCCCCAGAGGUAUCGACAAAUGGGAUCCAACACUACACCCACUAGUGGCAGUGGUGUGUAUAUUGCGAGACCAGAGGCAAACCCCUCAGGAACGCACUUGGGUUGGUGUGAUCGGAGACCUCCUCAAGGAGGAAGAUGUCAUUGCCAUUGACCCUCUGGCCACCGUCGAUCAUCUCUCCUGCGAGUCUGAGCUCAUACUCGCCUUGGACCGAAUCUUCACCCAAUUCGACCCAACAGUGGUCAUCAGCUGGGACGCCUCCCGGAGGGGCAUCGUCUUCAUAGCCGAACGCGCCCGAGCCCUUGGCCUGCCCGGUGCCGAGAGUAUGUUCCAUCGAGUGUUCGUGCCUCCUGUCCCUGGACCCUUGGGGCCGUCGACUCUCUAUGGGAGGAUCACAUUAGACCUGUGGCAGACGCUACGGCAAGAGGACUCCCUCAAGUUGGCCACCACGACACUACACGGUGCAGCUAAGCAGCUGCUCGGCCUCACUCUACCGAGGAUACCAAUGUGGUUGCUGCAGGAGUGGUGGACAGAUGCAUCGUGCUGUAUCGAUGCCUUCAAGUACACAGUCAGACUCUGCACCCUGGGUCUACAACUACUCGAUGCUAGUGCUCUGCUGAGUCGGGCUUCUGAGAUGGCCUCUGUAUUGGGCAUGCCUGAUGUCGAAGAGGUACUCACCCGAGGCAGCCAGUAUAGAGUGGAGUGCAUCCUCCAUCGUGCUGCUUCCAGGACGGGCUUUGGUCUGGUCUCAUCAUCGAAGGCUCAGGUCAAAGCACAACCGGCAUUGGAAGGUGUCCCGAUGGUGCUAGAGCCGAGGUCGGGAUACUACCGCACGCCCACCAUAAUUCUAGAUUUCCAGAGUCUCUAUCCAAGCAUCAUCAUAGCCUAUAACAUGUGUUUUUCCACUUGUCUAGGCAGAGUUGAGCAUCAGGACCUCACU